UAGCUGAUUUUUUGCCUUGGUGGUCCAUAGAAGACUCUUUGUUUGAUUUUGAAGGGUCGCUACUUUCAGAUUUGUGAUAAACUGUUUAAAUAGUUACUGUACGCAAUGGAUAGAUAUUAUAAUGAGCUUCUGCAGCUCAAACUGAGAAUGGAAUGCCAACUGGGUUGUGCAGAAAAAUGGCAGAAGUUCUCGAUAGUCAAAAACCCAUCUUCUUUAGCUAUGUUGCUGUGCUUGUUGUGCUUAUUUGCGUUGUACCCAUCAAUUCUCAAGCACAAUCUGGGACUCUUGCACCUGAUGAAGUGGAAGCCCUUCGUGAAAUAGCUGAACAACUGAAUAAGAAGGACUGGAAUUUCAGUGAUCCAUGUAGCAAUGUUCCAACUUUUUCGAGCCCACAUACUGAUCAGUACAACAAUACUCUUGUCUGCAAUUGCUCAUUCUCCGGCAAUGUGUGUCACAUUGAAAACAUUAAUCUUACUGCUCAGGAUCUAGAUGGUGUUCUUCCAGCAUCACUGGCUAAGCUACCUUAUCUUAAGCAAGUUAAUCUGGGUCAGAAUGAUCUUAGUGGUUCGAUUCCACGUGAAUGGGCUUCUACCAAGUUGGAAUUUCUGGUUCUCAGCGUGAACAACUUAUCGGGACCUAUCCCUGGCUAUUUGGGAAACAUAACUACUCUCCAAGUUUUGGCCUUGGAAAGCAACUUAUUUUCUGGACCUGUUCCUUCCGACCUGGGAAAAUUGACUAACAUGGAGUUUCUCUAUCUUCGUGCUAACAAUCUCACUGGAGAGUUGCCUCUGGCUCUCACUAAUCUGACCAAAUUAAAAGUACUUCAGAUAGGUAGUAACAACUUCACUGGAAGAAUACCCAACUACUUUCAAAGUUGGAAAGACCUCCAAAGCUUAGAGAUGCUAGCGAGUGGUCUUGAAGGGCCCCUUCCAUCCAGUCUCUCUGCCUUAAAGAAUAUGACAGACAUGAGGAUUGGUGACUUAAGUGGUGAGAGUUCAGAAUUUCCAAAUUUAUCAAACAUGACAAACAUGAAAAAACUGAUGUUAAGGAGCUGCAAUAUAACAGGAGAAAUCCCUGGAUAUAUAUCUACCAUGACAAACCUGGUUGUUUUAGAUCUAAGCUUCAACAGAUUGGAAGGGGCCAUUCCAAAUUUUGCUAAUAUAAUGCAGUUGUCAACAAUAUAUUUGACAAGUAACUUGCUUACUGGGCUUCCAGACUGGAUCAAAAGUAGAGAUAGUCGCUACAAUAUCGAUAUCUCCUAUAAUAACUUCUCUCAGAGCUCUGUCCCAACUACUUGUCGAGAAACUUUCAAUUGGUUCAGAAGUAUUUCCCAACAGAACAACUCAAUACUAAGCAAUUGUCUCAACUCAUGUUCAAAAGAUCAGUACUCAUUGCAUAUAAAUUGUGGUGGAAAACAAACCAACAUCGGAGGCAUCAAGUAUGAAGGAGAUGAAGCCUCAGGAGGUGCAGCAACAUUUGUGUCCACAACCCCCAAUUGGGGGUUUAGUAGCACCGGUGAUUUCGUAGAUGCUUGGAGUUCUGACAACGACUAUAUUGCCAAUAAUGUUUCCAUACUCAAAAUGAACAAAUCCGAAUUGUACACAACUGCACGACUUUCUCCUCUUUCUCUCACCUACUAUGCCCAUUGCUUAGCAAAUGGAAAUUACACUGUGAAACUACACUUCGCAGAGAUAGUUCUCAGAGACAACAGGUCUUAUUAUGGUGUUGGAAGACGAAUGUUUGAUGUUUAUAUCCAGGACACACUAGUAUUGAAGGAUUUUGAUAUUACAAAGGAAGCACUAGGGGUUGAUAAGGACGUGAUCAAGGUAUUUAAAGCAGUUGUUAAUGUUAAGACUUUACUGAUCCGCUUUCAGUGGGCUGGGAGAGGGACAACUAAUGUUCCACUAAGAGGAAAAUAUGGUUCUCUUAUAUCAACCAUCUCAGUGCAGUCUGAUUUCAAUCCUCCUGAUGACAGCAAAAGGAAGAUUUAUAUUGUGGUUGGAGUUGUUUCAGCUCUAUGCCUUAUCUUCUUAAUUUUUGGCAUUCUUUGGUUAAGAGGCUGUUUCGGACACAAGACAACCAGGGAAGAAGAAUUGAGAGGAUUGAAUCUGCACACUGGUUUCUUUAGAUUCAAACAAAUUAAAGCUGCUACUAACAACUUUAAUGCUGCAAAUAAGCUUGGGGAAGGUGGCUUUGGAGCUGUUUACAAGGGUGAAUUAUUGGAUGGUAGUUUUAUUGCCGUUAAGCAACUUUCUUCAAAAUCAAAGCAGGGAAAUCGUGAAUUUGUGAAUGAAAUAGGCAUGAUGUCUGCAUUACAACACCCAAAUCUUGUUAAACUGUAUGGAUGUUGCACGGAAGGAAAUCAGUUAUUCUUGGUCUACGAAUACAUGGAGAACAAUAGCCUAUCACAUACUUUAUUUGGUUCGGAGGACGGCCUACGGAAAUUGGACUGGCCUACAAGGCAGAAAAUAUGUGUUGGUAUUGCAAGGGGUCUUGCUUUCCUGCAUGAUGGAACUUUGAAAAUCGUUCAUAGAGAUAUCAAACCAACCAACAUAUUGCUGGAUAGGGACCUUAAUGCUAAGAUAGCGGACUUUGGUUUGGCUAAGCUGGACGAAGAGGAGCAAACCCAUAUUAGCACCAGAGUUGCUGGAACUAUAGGAUACAUGGCGCCAGAGUAUGCUUUAUGGGGCUAUUUAACCGAUAAGGCAGAUGUAUACAGUUUUGGUGUUGUAGCAUUGGAACUGGUAUCAGGGAAAAACAACAUCAAAUAUCGGCCAAAUGAAAAUUUUGUAUGCCUUCUAGAUUGGGCCCUUGUUUUACAACAAAAAGGAAAUCUAAUGGAGCUGGUGGAUCCAAAGUUGGGUUCUGGGUUCAACAAGGAAGAGGCACUUAGAAUGAUAAGGGUAGCUCUACUAUGCGCCAAUUCAUCACCGGCACUAAGACCCACGAUGUCUGAAGUAGUGAGCAUGCUUGAAGGCCGAACUGUUGUUCAUGAAGUGACCAUAAAUCCAAGUAUUUAUGGUGAUGAAAUGAGGUUUAAGGCCUUUACAGAGGACUCUGAUCCGAAUAUGCAAGAGAGCUUUGAGGAGACUCGAAGCUUCUUUCACUCCGAUUCAAAACGGACAGCCUCUUAUUCAUCGUCAGUCCUGAAUAUUGAUACAGUUAAACCUGGGACCCGGAUCACGCUGUCGUACCAUAGAAAUCUUGCCCACAAGAGUUUCAAGCUUCCAAAAUGGCUUGAGUACUUGUUUGCCUAUUUUGGGGUUCUCUCACUUCAGGAUAGUCCAAUUGCAUGGGUGAGCACACAUAGGUAUCACCACCAAUUUACCGACACAGAGAAAGACACCCACAGCCCCCUGAAGGGUUUAUGGUUUAGUCAUAUGGGCUGGAUCCUCGAUAGCAAUUCUCGAUUUGGAAAAUAUGGAGGACUAAAGAACGUUGGAGAUCUGAAGAGGCAACCAUUCUAUGUGUUUCUUCAUUGUACUUACCCUCUACAUUCACUUCUUCUUGGAGCUUUGCUAUAUCUCCUGGGUGGACUCCCCUUCUUCAUCUGGGGAAUGGGAGUGAGAGUGGUAUAUGUUCUCCAUGCAACUUUGUUGGUUAAUUCGGUUGGCCACAUGUGGGGAAAGCAAGUAUGGAAGACCGGUGAUUUGUCUCGGAACAAUUGGCUCUUGGGAUUCCUGGUGCUAGGAGAAGGCUGGCACAAUAACCACCAUGCCUUUGAAUUCUCAGCUCGUCAGGUGCAAGCCCUUCAUGAAAUUGCUGAGCAACUGAACAAAAAGGACUGGAAUUUGAGCGACCCAUGUAGAAAUAUUCCAACUUUCUCAAUGCCACAUACGGAUCAGUACAUGAACACCCUCUUCUGCAACUGUUCUUUCUCUGGCAAUGUGUGCCAUGUCCAAACCAUUUUUCUUGUGGGUCAGGACCUGGAUGGUGUGCUUCCACCAUCACUGGUGAAGCUGCCUUACCUCAAGGAACUUAAUCUGGGUCAGAAUUACCUUAGUGGCUCAAUUCCACCAGAAUGGGGCUCUACCAAGUUGGAAUUUCUUGUUCUCAGUGUGAACAACUUAUCAGGACCUAUCCCUGCCUAUUUGGGGAACAUAACUACUCUCCGAGCUUUGGCCUUGGAAAGCAACUUAUUUUCUGGAAGUAUUCCACCGGAGAUGGGAAGAUUGAUUAACAUGGAAGUCCUCUACCUUCGAGCUAACAAUCUCACUGGACAGUUGCCUGUGGCUCUCACUAAUAUGACCAAAUUAAAAACACUUUGGAUUGGCAGUAACAACUUCACUGGAAAAAUUCCGAACUAUUUUCUUAAUUGGAAAGAACUUCAGAUGUUAGAGAUGCAAGCGAGUGGCUUUGAAGGGCCCAUUCCUUCUACUCUUUCUGCCUUAAGUAAUAUGACAUACUUAGUAAUCAGUGACUUAAGCGGAGAGAGCUCAAGUUUUCCAAACUUGUCGAACAUGAAAAACAUGCAGAAAUUGAUGUUAAGGAGCUGCAAUAUAACAGGAUCAAUUCCAGAAUAUAUAUCUAACAUGACAAGCUUGCAAGUUUUAGAUCUUAGCUUCAACAGAUUGAAAGGGAGUAUCCCAAAUCUUGACAAGUUAUUAGGAUUGGCCACAAUAUAUCUGACAAGUAACUGGCUUACUGGGCUUCCGGAGUGGAUCAAAAAUAGAGAUAGCCGCUACAUAAUAGAUCUUUCUUACAACAAUUUUUCAAGGGACUCUGUCCCAACUACAUGUCGAGAAACCUUUAAUGUGUUCAAAAGUUUCUCCAGACAGAACAACUCAAUUCUUUGCAAUUGCCUCUAUCCAUGUUCAAAAGAACAGUAUUCAUUGCAUAUUAAUUGUGGUGGAAAACCAACCACCAUUGGAAGCAUCAAGUACGAGGGGGAUGAAGCCUCGGGAGGUGGAGCAAAGUUUUUUCGGGACACAGUUAAUUGGGGAUUUAGUAGCACUGGUGAUUAUGGGAUUAUGAAUUUUGACCAAGCCUACAUAGCAAACAAUGUUUCCAUACUCAAAAUGAACAACUCGGAAUUGUACAGAACUGCCCGCCUUUCUUUUCUUUCACUCACAUAUUAUGCUCGUUGCUUAGCAAAUGGAAAUUACACUGUGAAACUACACUUUGCAGAAAUAGUUCUCAGAGACAACAGGUCUUAUUAUGGUGUUGGAAGACGAUUUUUUGAUGUCUAUAUUCAGGAAAAACUGGUAUUGAAGGAUUUUAAUAUUAAAAAGGAAGCACAGGGGGUUGAUAAGGAAGUGAUUAAAGUAUUUAAAGCAGUUGUCAAUGUUAGCACUUUAGAGAUCCGUUUUUAUUGGGCUGGGAAAGGGACAGCUAAUGCCCCAAAGAGAGGGACAUAUGGUUCACUUAUAUCGGCUAUCUCAGUUGAGUCGGAUUUUAAGCCACCUGGUGAUAGCAACAGGAAAAUAUUCAUAGCGGUUGGAGUUGCUUUAUUCUUAUGCCUCAUCUUCAUGGUUUUUGGCAUUCUUUGGUUAAGAAGCUGCUUUGGAGGCAGGACCUCUAGGGAACAAGAGCUGAAAGGAUUGGAUCUGCAAACUGGACUCUUUAGAUUCAAACAAAUCAAAGCUGCCACUAACAACUUUGAUGCUGCAAACAAGCUUGGGGAAGGUGGCUUUGGAAUUGUUUACAAGGGGGAAUUAUUAGAUCGUACUACUAUUGCUGUUAAGCAACUUUCAUCAAAAUCAAAACAAGGAAAUCGUGAGUUUGUGAAUGAAAUAGGGAUGAUUUCUGGAUUGCAACAUCCAAAUCUUGUUAGAUUGUAUGGAUGUUGCAUCGAAGGAAAUCAGUUGUUGCUGGUAUAUGAAUACAUGGAGAACAAUAGUCUUGCACAUUCAUUGUUUGGUCCACAAGAAGGUAUACUGAAACUGGACUGGCCUAAGAGGCAAAAAAUAUGUAUUGGCAUUGCAAGAGGGCUAGCUUUCCUGCAUGAGGAAUCGACACUGAAAAUUGUUCAUAGAGAUAUCAAAAUGACUAACAUACUGCUAGAUAGAGACCUAAAUCCUAAAAUCUCUGACUUUGGUUUGGCCAAGCUAGACGAAGAGGAGAAAACGCAUAUUAGCACCAGAGUAGCUGGAACUAUAGGAUACAUGGCGCCAGAAUAUGCACUAUGGGGUUAUUUAACUGACAAAGUAGAUGUUUACAGUUUUGGAGUUGUUGCAUUAGAGCUCGUAUCUGGAAAAAACAACAUCAAAUAUCGACCAAAUGAGAAUUAUGUAUGCCUUCUAGAUUGGGCCCUUGUUUUGCAACAAAAAGAAAACCUGAUGGAGCUAGUGGAUCCAAAGUUGGGAUCCAAGUUCAACAAGGAAGAGGCAAUGAGAAUGAUUAAAGUAGCUCUACUAUGCACCAAUCCAUCACCAGCACUGAGACCUACAAUGUCUGCAGCACUAAGCAUGCUUGAAGGCCGAGCUCUUAUUCAUGAAUCAAGUAGAAAUCUGAGUAUGUAUGGUGAUGAACUGGGGUUUAAGGCCCUAAGGGACGACUGUAAUGAUCUGAAUAUUCAACAGAGUCCAAGAGAGACUCAGAGCCUCAUUUAUUCAUCCGAUGCCAAAGGGCCAGAUGCCUCUUCCUCAACGACUGUCCGGGAUAGCUAUACAUUUAAUCUUGAUUCUCCAUAGCUUUUGAUGCGGGUCCGUAGAGCUCAGUUUAUAUUAACAAAAAAGUUCACGAGGCUUCUCUCCACAUAAGUGCUAGCUAGUAUCUUAUAUUGGUAACUGGUAACAGCAUAUGGAUGUUCAUUUCAGAUAUACUGUUCAUUUUUCCUUUUUUUAGUCGAAACCUAAAUGG